AUGGGGAAAAUGGAAAAAAAUUCUUCAGACCAAGAAAAACCUAAGGUGUUUGAUUCGCCUGUAACAAAGAAGAAAGUAAUGACACCAAUAAAAUCAGCUUUGCGUAGCUCUAAUGGAAAGAUCGGCCAAUUCCUCAAGAAAAUACGAGAGUUAAGUGAAGAAAACAAGGAAAAUUUAUAA